UUAAUUAUCAUAAUGUCAUUUAGUUUAUAUAUUGAAUUAUUGUCACGUCUAAAUGGUCAAUAGGUUGCUUUUUAUUUUUAUUUUUGUUUCCAAGUGUGUACUACGGAUGUACUCCAGUUUGACGGAGCUCCACUAAUAUUUGAUGAUGUUGCACCAAAACAGUUUCAUGUUGCACUAGACAAGUGUAAUACGGAAACUUAAGAAGUAUUUACAAAAAUGUCACCGUACUAAAUUGCAUAUUUUAGUGCAGCAUGAUGUGUCUUUUACUGCAAUUUAGUUGAAUCUAACGACUUAGAUUCAUUCUCAUUUCUCACCUAAAGGUUUCUUCUUAUUUGAACCUCACCAUAUAUAUAUAUAUAUAUAUAUAUAUAUAUAUAGAUUUAGAUUCUAAUGAGAACACUCCUUAAAAUGAGAUGUGAGAACAAAUCCAGGCCAUCAAAAAUCUCAGGCAGAUCAUCGAUCGAUUAACUGGCAGCGAAGGCUAUUUUAGUCUCUAUCAAAAAGCACCGUUUUUGUAACCGACUCUGGAGUAAUUCGUUCGUCCGAGGCAUUGAUGGAAGGAAUAACUUCCAUCUUAUUUGAUUUUAUUUCUUACGUGAAUUAGGUUAUCCAAUUAUAGAAACAACAUCUUUUUCCUUUUUUUGAAACUCUUCUUCGUUCUUCAUAGCGUCUUGCUCGACGAUCGUCUUGGCCUCCAUUUGGAAGGUGUCGCGUGUGUACUGUACGAUGAAGGAAGCCAUGGAACCAGGUUUUUAUCUUCCAAAUUUACGUUUCUACUAUAAUUUUGAUCUACGUAUGUAUUAUAAUUGUUGAGAUCAUGUUUUGUAUAAAACAUGUUUCCGUGUAAUACAUGACUUCUUACAGUAAAAAAUAAUCUUUUAUAACAAGAAAUAUUAACUCGUUUUGUAUUCUGUAUUGGAUUUUAGUUUCACACGUUUCACUAGUUCAUGCAUAUGUUGCAUGCAUGAGAUGCACAUCUACAACUAUUUUUUGUCUUUUACCGUAGGAGAAUCAAGUCAUUGUGAAAUUUCUCCCGGUAUGACUAAGUAUUGGAUUCCAGAAUGUCAAAGUGAUAGGAAGCCCGCUGUUGGUAUGGUAUUCACUAGUUUACAACAUGGUAUUGAUUUCUACAAUGAAUAUGCAUCUUUAUGCGGCUUUGAUCCCCGGCUUCAUUCCCAAAGGAAGCACAAAUCUGGUUUGAUUUUAUUCAAAUAUGUUGUUUGUAAUCGUCAAGGUUUUAAACCUGACAAGGUUGUGCAGAAUGAAGGGACUAUUCCCACUGUUGAUGAUUUAUUUCAAAAUGCUAAUCUGGAAAAUACUCUUGAUCCAUGCAUGGAUAAUUCUGAUAUUGAUGAUAAUGUGUCAUUGUGUGUGGAAGAUUCUGAUCUCACGUCACCCGCACCUUCAAAUCACUGCACUUUAGACGAUGAGUCAAAUAAAAGGCGUCGUGUAUCUACCAGAAAUGGUUGCAAAGCAUGUGUUGUGUUUAAAUAUUGUGGGUAUGGUCGUUACUUUGUAUUUAAGUUUGAAGAACGUCACUGUCAUCGUAUGCUUGAAGAAAUGCAUAAACAAUUCCUUAAGGUGAAUAGAAACCUUGAUUUUGGUCAUAAGAAAUUCAUCAUCAAUUGUGCUAAAGCAAACAUUGGUCCGAUGAAGUCUUAUAAACUCUUUAAGGAGUCAGUAGGUGGAUAUAGCAACAUUGGUGCAACUGCUGUCGAUUUCAAAAAUUUCAAACGAGAUCUUAGGGCAUACAUUGAGGGUGUUGAUGCACAGAUGUUGAUUGAUAAGCUAUUUCGGAAGGUUGAAGUGUGCUCUUCAUUUUUCUUUGAUUAUGACGUGGAUGAGAAUGAUCAGUUGACCAAGAUUUUUUGGGCGGAUCCAAUUUGUAGGCGAAAUUAUUCUUAUUUUGGAGACGUGGUUUCUUUUGAUGCGACGUUCCGUACGAACAGGUAUAAUUUGGUUUUUGUGCCAUUCACCGGUGUUGACAAUCACAAAAAGUGUGUCACUUUUGCUGCUGGUUUAUUGUCAAAAGAAGAUGUAGAGUCAUACGUCUGGCUUGUAUCACGGUUUAUUGAUGCAAUGGGUAGUGUACCAAUGUGCGUAAUAACGGAUCAAGAUCCAGCCAUGCGCAUUGCUAUUCAGAAGGUAAUUCCUAAUGUAAAACAUCGUUAUUGCAUGUGGCAUAUAAUGAACAAGUUGACUACUAAAGUGGGCCCUGUGCUUAGUAAGGAUGUUGAUUUUUUGACAAGGAUUAAUAGUGUUGUUUGGAGUAACUACCUUGAGCCUUCUGUUUUUGAGGAAAAAUGGAAAUCUGUUAUGACCGAUUAUGACCUCUUGGAGCACCAAUGGUUUGUUGACUUGUUUAAUCUUCGCAAGUUUUGGAUACCUUCUUAUUUUAGGGAUUUGUUCAUGGCUGGUUUGCUUCGAACAACGUCACGGUCAGAAAGUGAAAAUAAUUUCUUCGGUGAGUUUACUAACCCUCACUUUAGUCUCAUUGAAUUUUACAUGCAAUUUGAAAGUGCAAUGGAUGCUCAACGGCAUAAUAAUGAUAAGCUAAAUUCAAGUUCUGAUGCGUACAUUCCUGUUUUUAAGACUCCCCUAGCCAUUGAAAAGCAUGCUUCAGAGAUGUAUACGGUAACAAUUUUUUAUUUAGUGCAAGAGGAGAUUGCAUCAGCUUGUUUUAGUUGUCAUGUGCUUAAUGUGCAUGAGAAUGAAGAGAAUGUGGAGUAUGUAAUUAAAGAUGAUCAUGGUAUGACAUUCAAGGUACAAUUCAAUGUUUCUGAUGUCAAAGCGUUUUGUGAGUGCAAAUAUUUUCUCCGAAUGGGGUUGGUUUGUAGGCACAUGUUCGUUGCUUUCAAAUAUUUGAAGCUUACUACUAUUCCUCAUCAUUAUGUCGUAUCUCGAUGGUGUAAGAAACGUCUUCUGAAACCUGUACAUGGUAUAGGAGAUGUUGUUGUUCAACAGUGCAUUGAAAUUGAAGAGAAGAAAAAACUUUUGCACCAUGUGUGGUCUGAUUUGCACUCUUGUGUUGCUCUAGCUGAAAAAGAUGCAACGAGAUUAAAACAAUUUGCAACUGUUAUUAGGCAUCAAAAGAAUGAGCUUAUGUCGGCAGACCGGACUGAUUCAGUUCCCACAACCAAGGAUUCCAUGAUUCAGGAUUUUUAUGGAGCUAGUACGCCUGCUGAAGUUAGUGUGUUUCCUCCUCAAAAGGCCAAGAAUAAAGGAUCUGGUCGGAGAAUAAAAGGUGCACGGGAGGCGUCAAUUGAAGAAAAUAAGAAACCAAAGAGAUUGUGUAGGUCAUGUAAUGAAAUGUGUAAUCAUGAUAGUAGAAAUUGUCCUUUAAACAAAAACAAAUAAGUUGAACAAUGUCAUUUUAAUUCUUAUUUUAUAUUGAUUAAUCAUUUCUCUUUUUACUUUUUUUAACUCUUUAUAUGUAACGUUAGAACGUUUAUCCAGAUAAUAUUGAAUUGUUAAGUGAAUGUGCACAUUUGCA